GAGAGUCUUCUCCUGCAGCAUCUUCCAUUCGUCAGUCAUAAACCCAAGUCGGAAUCGCCUUCUUCCUCAACCACUCUCGCAUCACGCAGGGGACACCUGAGGUAGAACACAUCGACAAUGGUGAAGGCUGUAUGCGUGCUUUCCGGCAGUGAGGGUGUCAAGGGCACCAUCUUCUUCACCCAGGAGGGAGAUGGCCCGACCACCGUGACAGGAAGCGUCUCGGGACUCAAGGAAGGGCUCCACGGGUUCCAUGUGCACGCUCUUGGCGACACCACCAAUGGCUGCAUGUCAACUGGACCGCACUUCAACCCCGCUGGUCAUGUGCAUGGGGCACCAGAGGAUGAAGUCCGCCAUGCUGGUGAUCUUGGAAACGUGACAGCUGGACUUGAUGGUGUUGCUCCCAUCAAUGUUGUUGACAAGCAUAUCCCCCUUACUGGACCACAUUCAAUCAUUGGCCGUGCUGUUGUUGUCCAUGGUGAUGCUGAUGACCUUGGCAAGGGUGGACAUGAGCUUAGCAAGAGCACUGGAAACGCUGGUGCACGUGUUGCUUGCGGGAUCAUUGGGCUCCAGGGCUAGAGGCUGUCUUCACUUGUCAAUGUCGUACAGAUCUGGGCACUUUCAGAAUACAGACUUGCAUUAGCUAUUUUAAAUAAGCACCUGAUCAGUGAUUGCGGAUUAGUGUGCCUCAUUCGCGUCAUUCCAUAUGUUUGCCACUCUGAACAUUUCAUCACUUCCAUUUGCCUUUAAGUGCGUGAUCGGAACUGUUCUGUAAAGUACUUGUGGAUCUGCUGUUCUUUACUGAGACAUUAUCAUGACUAGACUAUCUAGUUUUUCAGAGA